CCGGAAUGUCAUCCACCGCAGCAGCACGUUCCGUGUCUCGAAUUUUAACCAUCUCUCCUGGCUCAUUCCCGGUACUGGGACAGUGCUGCUCAUUGGCUUGUUGGAGAACGCUGUACCAGAAAAGACUACAGUCUUCGAAAUGCGAUCGCUUGCACGCUGUUCGGGUACCUGGCUCGGCGGCCGUCAAUGGUAAGCAAUUGGAGAUAGCAACGCCCUCGACGUCUAGCGCACGAAAACAUAAUAGGACACCUGAGCUUCCUCAUACUCAUCCUUCGAAGGAGCGGCAAGUUUCAAAAACGCUUAAUGCCCCCGUUAUAAGUGAAGAUAUUCAGGAGCUGUAUAAUGCACUCUCGACCCCUCCUCAACCUAAUGCUUGUGUGGGACCGAAUAGUGUAGCUGCAACGAAAUUAGAUCCUGACUAUCUACUCCGGUUAAAGUUGAGCUUUUCUGAUACUUCAGAAAAAGAUCAGCGCAAUUUGAACGCAUUACGGCGGACGGCUGCCAGCAGCUUAAAGCGACGAAAUGUCUCUCUUGUCAAUAUCACCGAAGUCAUACAUGUGAACGCUUUGUCCAAGCGACCAAGGGAAGCGCAGAUGGCCUUUGACAUGAUUGAAGAGAAUGGCAUGAAGCCUGAUCUGAUUGCUUUCAAUCAUUUGAUGGAUGCUUAUGCGCGAGCGGACUGUCAUGAACAAGCACUGGCAGUUUUUCAAACAUUGGACGCAUAUGAUCUGAAGCCAGAUGCAAUCACUUACGGAAUUUUGGUUCAUUCAUGCAUUAAGCAUGGUGACCUCCGAGCUGGGUUUAAACUCUAUGACCGCAUGAAAGCUGCUGGCAUACAACCUACGCAACCUGUGUUCACCUCCCUCAUCAAAGGUUGUCUUCAAGCGGGCGACACCGCACGCGCGUGGAAAACCUUCAACUACAUGCGAUCCGAAAUAUGUGCGCCAGAUGAAGUCACCUAUUCUUUAAUGAUUCAUGCAUGCUCGAAAGCGGGCGAUACAGAACGGGCAUUAGACCUUUUUCAAGAAAUGGCGGAGCGAGGGCUAAUGGCAACGGAGGUCACUUUCACUUCAUUGAUUCAAGCAUGCGCUACCAGAAGCGAUUACUAUCCAGAAGCAUUUGAGCUACUAGGGCAGAUGGCCGCGCAAGGGUUUACACCGAACCUUUACACAUACAACGUACUGCUGAAAGGUGCAGCAAAACAAGGGGAUAUAAUGAGAGCUCGGUUAAUAUGGAACGACCUUGUGGAGCGCGCGGAAGCUGAAGGAGAAGAAUCUAAGUUGAAGCCGACAGGGCACACCUUCACCUACUUGUUGCGGACCUAUGCGCACGCAGUCGCUAUCUCUAGAAGAAGCAAGCGCUGUACCAAUACAGAGAAUGGGUUGAAUAGACACAUUGCUAAUACCAAGGUGACAACAGAGAGACGACCAACAGCAUCAGAGGGUGAGAGCCGGCACCUCUCAACUGGGGCGCAUGCGGCAUCUGAUGAUGGAUCUUCUGUGGAAGCCGUUCCCUCGACACCUUGCACACUGUCUGACGAUACCUCAGAGAUUUUUGGACGCACUCAUUCAUCAGUACCUCGGCUCACAUCAGUUGAUACAACCCCUAAAGUGCUUCUUGAAGAUGCGAAGACAAUUUGGAGAUACUUAACGACCUCAGGCGUACCAACUGUGAACUCUGCUAACGACCAUACACAUACGGACACAUCUCCCCAGCCAGUGGUACCGGUGACCAGUCACAUCCUCGAUGCAUAUUUGUCCGUGCUUUGCGCGAACCCAGCAAACGCUGGCGCCCUUCCCUUAGCAAUUCGCUUUUUCAACGAAGAAUAUCAGCGCUAUGGCGUCGAACCUGGCGGCCAAGCCCGCUCUGAAGUUCUCGCCCUAGUCACGCGUGACAAACGCGCUAUGGAAACGUGGGGCCAGACGAUGUGGGAUGAUUUUCUGAAGUGGGAUGCUGAGAAGGAAGCGCAGAUGAUGCUAAACGCCCCACUGCAUGGGGACGGAUUGCUAACUGAGGGAGAGAAAGAGAUCAUUCGGAAACGUGAAGCGCGAGGGAAAAUGGAUAUGUUCCGUAAUUUUGUGAGGGUUGUCAACGGCUACACCAGAAUUGGGGAUCUCGAUUCAGCGCUCAGAACCAUUUCCGAAUCUCACCGUUUCCGCAGCUAUUACUUUCUUCCUCAAAUUCAGUUUAGUGACGUAUGGUCUCUGGUUAUUCAAUCACGGGACCUCGCCGAAGACGGCAAACAUGAUAUUGCGCGACGCUUACUGGAGCUAUGUCCGCGACCUGUUAAAAGUCCGCUAGAUGAGGUUCAGCGAAGACUGAAGGCCAAGUAUGUGGGCGGGGGAUGGUGGGGUUGGGAGGCGCUUGGACUCCAGCAGGAAGAAAGGAUUAAAGUAGCGAAACUGCAGAAGCGGCAGAAUCGAGAGAGACUGGUCAAAUUGCACAGGAGCCAGAGACUGUAGCAGGUUACGUGUAUGCACGCAGCCAGAUGAACUAGAAAUAUGAUAUGAACGUAUGUAGUCCGCUAUGUCCUAUCUAGAGCUAUGUAGAACGAGUGAUCAGGCGGAUGCCGCAGCUUUGCCAGUGUCAUCCUUGUGUGAUUCUUCAAUCUUUCGAAUAACUUCUUGAGCCGCGAG